AUGGCAAAUAACCUCCCCACCGAGAUCCUCUUCCAACUGCUAGACGAGUUCGAAUACACCGACGAUCAGGUGCGGCUGCUGCAAGUCUGUCGCAGUUGGAACGUCAUCCUAUGUGCCAAGGUAUAUUCGCGGAUUAAGCUCUGGGGUGAUAAUAAGGUGCUCCGCUUCGCAGAAGGUCUUCAGAGGAAUCCCCGGUUAAGGCCUCUUGUACAAGAGCUAGACUUCCCAUGUCUCUCCGGCUCCGAUGAUGAUGAAUCUGGUUUCUAUGACCGGGCCCUUUUCCACGAGCUUCUACAAUCUUUCGCCGACACCGAUAACGAAGUAGCUGCCUGGGAAAAGAAGCUAGAUCAAGAGAAUGGCUUUGCUUGGUUGGCAGUACUCCUCCUUUUACUGCCCAACCUACAGGUUCUCGAUGUGCAGUGGGCCUGGAAGCCCGAGGAUAAUGACAGACUUCUCUGGACCGUCUCAAGGAUAGCAAGCAAAUCCCCCCAGGUCGGACUACCACUGCAAAAGCUGCAGAAGGUCUCCGUCACCAUCUUUGACUCGCACGACAGAUACUCAGUUAAGCAAUUUAUCCCGUUUCUUACACUGCCGUCAAUGCAGGCCCUUCACCUUGAAGGCUGUUUCGAGUUUGAUAGAUCAGAAGGACUUGAUCCAUCAGAAGAAUCAGGUGGUUCUUUUGAGAUUCCCUUCGAGAUCAGGCCUAGAACAUCGCCAAUACGUGAGAUUUCUUUACUAGACUCGAACAUCCUGACCGGGUUAUGCGAGCUUCUACCAGGUUUUACCCAGCUCGAGCGGUUUGUGUAUCAGCAUACCAACGUCGUUGACUCAACCGAGAACCUUGCAAACUUCCGAUGUCACAGAUUUCGAGAUCCGCUUUUGUCUCAACGGCAGAGCUUGCGCGAGCUACGGCUGAAUGAUAUAGGUGUCACGAAACGUACGGACGAUGACGACGAUUUCUUUUAUAAGGAUAUCGAGGAACCAAAACAGCAGGCCUGGUUCGGAAGUCUAGAUGAGUUUACAGCGCUGAAGGAGCUAAGGAUGCCGGUAUAUAAUCUCCUGGAUUCAGUGGAUGGGGCAGAGCCCAGUGUAUCUCUGGACAAGCUCCUGCCCCGGGGCCUUGAGAUCCUUGCUCUUACAAAGGUUGAUUUCACCCAUUACGGUAUGCUCGAGGGCCAACUAAGGCGCCUACUGGCUGAACGUCAGCGGUUCCCUAGCCUGCGCAAGAUACUCCUGCAAACCUUUCAGUUGGAGAUUGCCAAUUGUGACUUGACGCGUUGGGAAUAUGAUAAUCGGAAAGAGUAUACGUUGGAGGUUCCCGAGCGCGCGAAAAUAUCCUUUGCGGGUGUUUCGAGCAGCUUCAAAGAGCAGGGCAUCGACUUUGAUCUCAUCAAGUAUGGGGACCACGAGAUUGUGGCUGAUGGGAAGGUUAUGUACGAGGCCAACGAGCUUUGUAGCGAGGCGGAUCAUUUGGACCGCUGGAACGAGGUAUGGCCCUAG